ACAAGACGCGUGCCUAAUACGUCAUCUCCCGGAGCCAUCCGGUGGGUUUUCUUUGCAUAUCCGCGCGGCGGGUGUUUUUUCAGGGAGCGUUAUGGACGACGAAGAAGAGACUUAUCGAUUAUGGAAAAUCCGGAAAACAAUCAUGCAGCUGUGCCACGAUCGAGGCUACUUGGUAACACAGGAUGAAUUGGAUCAGACUCUGGAAGAGUUCAAAGCCCAGUUUGGUGAUAAGCCGAGUGAAGGGCGACCUCGGCGUACUGAUCUCACGGUGUUAGUGGCCCACAACGAUGAUCCUACGGAUCAGAUGUUUGUCUUUUUCCCAGAGGAACCAAAAGUUGGGAUUAAGACCAUCAAGAUGUAUUGCCAGCGAAUGCAAGAGGAAAAUAUUACUCGGGCCCUGAUUGUGGUGCAACAAGGCAUGACCCCAUCUGCCAAACAGUCUCUAGUAGACAUGGCUCCCAAGUACAUCCUUGAGCAAUUCCUUCAACAGGAGCUGCUGAUCAACAUCACUGAGCAUGAGCUGGUUCCAGAACAUGUUGUAAUGACCAAAGAAGAGGUGACAGAAUUACUGGCCAGAUAUAAACUAAGGGAGAAUCAGCUUCCAAGAAUACAAGCUGGAGAUCCUGUAGCUCGCUAUUUUGGAAUUAAAAGAGGCCAGGUGGUGAAGAUCAUUCGGCCUAGUGAAACAGCCGGGCGUUAUAUCACUUACAGGCUGGUGCAGUAGCCAAGAAGUGUCAUAUAAAGAUGCCAAUCCGCUUGCUUAACAGUCUUGAGCAUAAGGAAAUACGAGAGUUUACAAGAAUGUGAAGAAACGUACCAACUUGAGACUUUGAACUUCAAGCUUCUAGUCCUUUCCAUCCAACCAAUCGGUCAUGAAGAAGAAAGGAGUCAGCAGCAGCACAGGAAAUGCUGCAUUGAUUUUCCAAACUGGACUUCAUCUUGCUUGUAUAAACUGGAUGUAUUAUUUGUUUAUACCACUUUUCUGGAAUUUGAGUUAGUUUGGGGUAAAUAUUUAAGGCAGCAACAGUUUUUAUUUGCCAAAUCCGGAAGAAGGAUGCUUUAGAAAGCUUCAAAUGUGAGGGCUUCCUUAUUCCUUCUGUAGAUAACAGGGUAAGGAGGGGUUUGGAGGACAGAGGGGCUCCAUUGGAUGUGCCUUUCGGUGGCCUUUUGUGGGGGGGAGAGUAGAGGUUCUAAGGAUUAAAAUGGGAGCAUAGGCCGCUAAUCUCCUGGGAAUGCAAAAGAAGGUUCUGGGAGUCACCUGUAAUUAUGAACCAGUCACUUUUGUCUUGAAAAAUGGACUUGUAUAAACCCUGGAAGAUAAUCUGGAUUCUUCAGAAGGUCCCUGCUGCUGCCUUCCCUGUUCUGUUAACUAUCGCUGAGUUAUUGCUAAGGUUCAGAGUUUGCUCAGUGAUCCAGAAUUUUUUAUUUCAAUAAAACAGUGUGUGUUUUA